GAGACACCACGAAUUUGAGAACGAAUACGUUCACCUUUGUUGUGGAAUCUUGCAUAGGUUGGCCGCAUUAUUGAAAGGACCGACUGAAAAUUAAAGCGGUGACCAAGAUGGCGAUGGGACGGCCCUGCCUGAAAAUUCUGAUCGUUUGCUUCGUGGUUGCCGGUCUGGCAGUCGGUACGGAUGCUGACGACGACAUAUACAACGAUGGCAUUUCGCACGAGAAUGCCGUCUACCAACCUGCCGCACGAGAGACGUCUAACGACAACCAUCCUGCGGCAGGAGAGACGUCUAGGCCUAACGAUAACCAACAUGCAGCAAGAGACAAGUCUAAUGGUCGCCUGUGGCACGGGAGACGUCUAAUGACAACCAACCUGCCGCACAACUUGCACAAGAGACGUCUAAUGGCCGCCAACGUGAACAUUUAAGUCAAAGACCUGGAAAAAAAUCAGCCAACAGCGGGAAUAGGAAUAAACAUAGGCAGCCCUGACUUGAGAUUUAGAUGCUGUUAACUGCAUACAGAAAAGGCCCCUUGGUGCCCCCCCCCCCACCCUCCUGAAAAUUGGACUUCUGUGACGCCAUUGCUUAAAUUGUAAACAGUAUGCGUUGUACCUGCAUAAUGUUAUUGAAUAAGUAUACUUAUUCAUUCACAAGACAUUUCAACCACCCAAAACGAUGAUAAAGAGAGCAGUGUGCGUCUUCGUUGUUAUUCUUAAUCUCUAAUAUUACGACCGGGUUGAACCCACCAAUUAACCAUACAAUUAUUCAGAUGACCCUCCAGUGAUCAAAUUUAAUAGCAGAAAUUCAGUAUAUUUGCACGGUCUUCGUUUGAUAUUAGCAUAAAAUUACCUUUACGUUUCAAUGGUAGAUGGUUAAAUAUGUCAAUGGGCGAUCAGAAUUUUGGGAAGCUCGCUAUCGUUUUUUGCAUAAAUAAACAUCUGCAACGAUCGUAGAAACAACGUGCAAAUUAAGCGGCUAUAAUGGGACGGCCCUGCCUGAAAGUGGUGAUCAUUUCUAGCCUAGUCACCGGUCUGGUGGUCUGCACAGAUGCUGGUAACGACGCGAGACUUUCCAAAGAAGAGAAAUUGACUCUGAAAAACUUCGUGGUAAACAAAUCAAUAAUUUCUUCUUUUUUGUGCGAAACCUAUGUCUUUGCGAUUUGUUUCCGUUCAAAACUACAGUUUUUUAAACAUGUAUUUCAGUUUUGAUAUCACCGUCGUUUCCUUUUUAGUUUUUUGUACCACUUCUUUCCUCCGCUGCGCUAUAGGCUACUGCCCGUUUACCAUUAUUCUGCACAACGGAUUUUUCUCUGAUGCAGAAAGCGGUUAAUGACGCAAAGUAUCAAAAAGUUUGCGACACGAGAGACGUCUGACGUAGGCAGACCAGCGACACGACGCACGUCUAAUGGCGGCCAACCUGGCAGGAAAAAGCUUCACCUUCGAUACCAAUACACAUUACCGUACGAACACCAGGAGUAGAAUAUGCUACACCGCCGAUGCGCAAAUGAGCUCCGUAGUACCAGUCGGUGUUUUCCAAAUACGUUUUUCAUUGAAAUGUUCGCGGUCGCUCGGUCUUUCCGGGUGCAAAAAAAAAAUACCAACAGGAAAUCCAAGCUCAGAGUUACGGAAAUCCAAGCUCAGAAUAUUUACAGGGCAUUAGGUAUAAUUGCUUAUCCUUAUAUCUUAUUCCAUCAGGCGACCUCAUGGAUUUGUUUAAAAUUAAGUCUUUGUACGAAAGACGUGAACACCUGGUUCUGAAAUUUGCAAAAGUCCGUGCUUAUUUCCAAUAUAGGCACCGCCACCUCCUACCACCAGAACGGAAAUCUGUUUAUUUGUCAGAGCAUACUUUAAGAAACACACGGCAACUAGAAAACCUACGAAUAAGAACCCAAAGAUACACAAAAACUCACCAGUACCAUCAAUGGUACAGAUGCUGAAUUCAGGUUAAUCGGAUUUCAAUCCCUCAUGUCAGUGUAGUUCCCUUCAUACACCCUCAUUUCUGUUGCCCCUCUUGCAUCUAUCAUUAUCUCCCUCUUUAAAUACAUGUGCAUGCAGGCCUACCCCAUUUUUAAACAAUGUCUUCAUCUCACUUUCUAUUGUUUGAGUAAUCUUUAAAUUGAACUUAAUGUGAAUUCUGGGGUGUUCAUAUUUAAUGGGGUAUUUAUAAACUUGUAAUUUCUAUCGCAAUUUUUGUUAACCAAAUUAUUUAAAUCGUUGACUUUUUA